GCUUACAGUGGCCUCACAUAUUAUCUAAACAAAUUUGGUCAGAACCACGUGACCGAGAUAACUUUCAUCGCUUAUUUUGGAGUAGGCGACAGAUCGAAUAUAUUUUCUGGAGGUGCUGUUGGGUCGUCCUCUCGUUGCCAUGUGGAAUUAUUUGUUUUCUGGAGACACAUCUCAAGAGACGAACAUGGCCAGCGAGGUGACGCUGACUAUCAAUGGGAAAUCCAUAACAGUCGGCAAUGAGGUUUUGGCGACCACCACCCUGAGCUCAUAUCUUCGCGAGAACCUCAAGCUAACCGGCACCAAAGUCAACUGCAAUGAAGGCAUUUGCGGCGCGUGCACUGUCGUUGCAAAAAUCGAGCACCCGGUCUCGAAAACUAAGGAGACAUUUUCAAUUAACUCGUGUUUAGUCCCGAUUCUGAACUGCCAUGGCUGGGAAAUCACAACGAUUGAGGGCGUUGGCAAUAGGAAGGAUGACUACCAUCCCGUGCAGAAGCAACUGGCCGAGAAGAACGCCACCCAGUGCGGAUUCUGCUCACCUGGAUUCGCAAUGAACAUGUUCAGCCUGUUGGCUGACGAGAAGAAGCCUACAAUGCAGCAGGUAGAGGAUGCCUUCGGAGGCAACAUUUGUCGCUGUACCGGCUACAGGUCCAUUCUGGAAGCAUACAAGGCCAUGGCUAGCGACGCUCCUGCAAUCACCAGGAGGCAAUGCGCCGAUAUCGAGGAUUUGGAAAAAAUUUGCUCGAAAAGUGGAAAACCGUGCUCUGGAGAGUGCAAGAAGGUUACGGCACAGCCGAUCAAAAUGCAGUUGGGCGCGGAAAACUGGAGGAAAGUCGUCACAACGACAGAAUUGUUCGCGGCCUUUGCAGAAAUUGGCGAAGAUAGCUACAAACUGGUCGCAGGAAAUACGUCGGAAGGCGUGUACCGCUCGCAAAGCGUGGUGCACUACAUCGACAUCAAAGACAUCCCUGACCUGCGCCAGGUGUCCGCAGGUGUCGAAAAUUUCAAACUGGGGGCGAGUUCAACUUUGACUGAAGCGGCCCGCGCGUUGAGGACGCAGGCGAGCACCGCAGGGUUCAAGUACUUGAACGAAAUUGCCAAUCACUGGGAAAAUAUCGCAAAUCUGCCAAUCAGGAAUAUUGGCACUAUUGCCGGCAACUUGAGCAUGAAAAAGGAGCACCCCGAGUUUGCAUCUGAUGUUUUCACUCUUUUGGAGGCUGUUGGAGCUCAGCUGCAAAUUUUGACUGGAGUGGAAAAGCGCGAAGUAGUGUCGCUGCCUGGCUUCCUGAACUACAGCAUGAAGAAGCGAGUGCUCGAGAGCGUGCUGUUCCCGGCGCUGGACGACGCCACGCACCGCCUACGCACGUUCCACGUGCUGCCGCGCACGCAGAGCAGCGUGAGCUAUGUGAAUGCCGCCUUCCUCGUCCGACUGAGCAGCGCGACGUCGUGGGACGUGGCUGAAAAGCCGCGCAUCGUCUUUGGCGGCAUCCGCGCCUCCUUCAUCCACGCCACGGCCACCGAGAACCUGCUCGUCAGCAAGAACAUCCUCGAUCCGGUCGUCGCGUCGCAGGCCAUCAGCGUCCUCAACUCGGAGGUCAGGCCCGACGAGGUACUCCCGGGCGCUGGCGUCAACUACAGGAGGAAGCUGGCCGUCGGCCUCUUCUACAAGUUCCUCCUUGGCCUCGAUCCCAACCAGGUCGAUCCGAGGUACAAAUCUGGUGCGGAAGUGCUCACGCGGGAACUGUCCUCGUCUAAGCAAGAUUUCGAGACUAACGAUAGCGUUUUCCCCUUGAACCAGCCGAUCAGUAAAGUCGAGGCUUUAGCCCAAUGCGCGGGAGAAAUUGAGUACAUUGACGACAUUCCUACAAGGCCAGGCGAACUUCACGCUGCUUUCGUCCUAACGAAGCAAGCAACAGGAGCUAUUGUUAAAUACAACACUGACGAAGCAGCUAAAGUGCCCGGCUAUCUGAACUUCUACUCUGCCGCCGAUUUGGAUGGAGCCCCAAAUUCGUUCACCCCAACAGAUGUUUACUCGAGUUUCCUCGACGACGAAGAAAUCUUCUGUAGCAAAGAAGUGAAAUACGCGGGGCAGCCAGUUGGCAUUGUGGUAGCCGAGACAAGGGCUGCCGCGGUGCAGGCGGCUGAGCUGGUUGUCAUCGAAUAUGAGGCCAAUGCUCCAAAACCGGUGCUUGACAUGAUGGAAGUCAUCAAAAUGACCAGAGACCGAGUGGUUGUCGUGGAAAAGAAUGACGAGAAUCCUCCAAAAUCCGCUAAUACGGUCAAAGGGACUUUCGAGAUCGGACACCAGUACCCGUUGUACAUGGAGAACUUGUCGAGCAUAGUGGUGCCGCACGACGGCGGCUACGACGUCUACCCUUCCACCCAGUGGAUGGACCUGGACCAAAACGUCGUUGCUCGAACUGUUGGCGUACCAGCCAACAAGGUCACCGUGUAUGUGAAGCGAAUUGGUGGUGGAUUCGGCGGCAAGCAGUCGCGAUCGAGCAUGGUGUCAGCAGCGUGCGCCCUAGCCGCCAAAAAGCACAACAGGGCUGUGCGUCUCGUCUUGCCCCUGACAACCAACAUGGAAGUCACCAGCAAGAGAUUUGGCCAGCGCAACGAAUAUGAGGUGGGUUUCGACAAUACGGGCAAAAUCGAGUAUGUGACAAUGCACGUAAUCCAAGACAGUGGCUGCUCGCGAAACGAGUCGCCCAUGGGAAUUUUUGUGGCUUUCUUCGAAAGCUGCUACGGAAGUGAAGGGUACAAAAUCCAGCCACAAGAAGUGCUGACUAACAAGGCUUCCAACGGACCUAUUAGAGGACCAGGACCAAUUGAGGGAAUUGCCUUUCACGACGAAAUCAUGGAGCGAAUUGCAAAGCACCUUAAAAAGGACCCGCUGGAGGUGAAACUGGUGAACAUGCAGAAAUUGGACAGCCCCCUGCCAAAUCUGAUAAAUGAAAUCAAGAGCAAGGCAGAAUACGACAAAAGGAAGCAAGAGGUCGAAGCUUACAACCAGAUGAAUCGAUGGAAGAAGCGAGGCCUCGCUAUCACGCCGAUGAGGUACCCUUUCAUGUUGUGGAACCACCUGACCUCGACCGUUUCCAUCUACCAAGGUGAUGGAUCAGUUUCCAUUGCGCACGGAGGAAUCGAAAUGGGCCAAGGACUAAACACCAAGAUAACCCAAGUGGCAGCACACAUUCUCAAAUUGCCGAUUGAUCAGAUUUCGGUGAAAACUAGCAACAGCAUCACUGGUGCCAACAAUGGAAUUUCAGGAGGUAGCAUCAUUAGUGAAGGCGUUUCAUAUGCAACAAUGAAAGCUUGUCAGACUCUGCUGGAUCGGCUAGAACCUGUGAGGGCGACCAUGGAAAACCCCACAUGGCUGGAGCUAAUCCGCGAGGCUUACAAUAGAAACGUCAACCUGAGCGCCCAAGGACUCUUUUCCAAGGAUGUACCAGACGUGAAAGACUACAACAUCUGGUGUGUCUGCAUCUCCGAGGUUGAGGUCGAUGUGCUGACCGGUGAGAGACAGAUCCGCCGGGUUGAUUUGCUGGAGGACGUUGGCCAAAGUUUGAGCCCACUCAUAGACAUCGGGCAAAUUGAGGGCGCAUUCAUCAUGGGACUUGGCUACUGGCUUUCAGAAGAAUUGACCUAUGAUGAGGCUGGAAGACUCAGGGAAAAUCGGCUCUGGAAUUAUGUUCCUCCUGGACCUAAAGAUAUUCCAGUGGACUUCCGCGUGUACCUACGAAGGAACGCGCCCAACCCACUGGGUGUUCUCGGAUCCAAAACCACUGGGGAGCCUGCUAUUUGCUUGAGCGUGAACGUGUGGUUUGCACUUCGGAACGCUUUGGAAGCGGCCAGGGUGGACGCCGGCGGACCAAACGACUACUUUGAUAUGAAGCAACCAGCUACACUGGAGCACAUACAUGAAUCGUCAUUGACGGAGCCUAUGCAGUUCAAACUGAAAUGAACAAAAGAGGAUUCACUUGGCCAUUAUUUAAAUGUUAUGUAUAUUAAAUAUCAAUAAUAAAUAUAGCAUUGAUUCGAAACAUU